AUGGGGGAGCAGAAGGAGCUAGCGAAUCUCCAUUCCAAGAUUCCUGCAAAGUACAGACACGAGAUAAGCAAGAUCACUGCACGGAUCUGCGUUGGAAUUGGUCUUUUCGAGAUCAAUGGAGUGGAAAGUGGUGGAGGAUGGACUCAGCCAGAUGAUACUGACAUUGUCGUUGAGUCAGCAACAGGUGGUUCUGAUGAAGUGGUUUGA